AUCAACUACAGGCACUGACUAGGGUGCUACAAUAGGUUUUGGUCCUUGGUACAAAUUUGGACCCAAAAAGAUCUAAGGUUCAGGUUGAAAAAAAAAAACACGUUUCCCUUUAACGAGGGGGUAGGGUGUGACCAUAGACAUAUAAGUUAGGACAGAGAUAGGAAUGUCCUUGAUAUAUGGGUGUGAUACAGUAGAAAACUUAGAUGCCCUCGAUGGCAAAAGGAAAUUGAUAUCAGAAUAAAAUAUACAUUUUGGGGACCCUGGGAAAUAUAGGAUUUCUAUCCUCUUUAACCCUUUCAUUAUGUGUGAAAUAUGUACACCCACACGUGUUGUAUUAUGUAGCUGUAAUUCUUUUCAUUCUUCAGUGUUUUACUGCUAACAUUAUAUGUUGUAAAUGACUCUUUAUAGCCAUACAGACAGAAAAACAACUCAUAGGUAGAGUUAAGGUGCGUUCCUAUCGCUAGGUGAAAUGAAUGAGAUUCUCUAUAGAGAUGUUUCUAGAAAAAUAGAUACCUCGGUCAAAAAGUUAGUGGAAUGGCUUAUGUGACAUAUACUUUGACACCCACAAAUGUAGUCUCGGUUCACACUGGAAAAACCGAGCUAUCUUUUGGUUCCAGCUGGGAACCAACUUUUCAAAAUGCUCCAAACAGUUUGAACUUUGGUGCACAAACCAGAACAGCACCCGUUCCCUGUCGAUGGAAAAGGGGUAAUUUAGUCCUCAAGAAAUGAACACCAUGACACUUCAGUGAAAACUGAGAGAUACAGUCAGGUUUCCCCAGGCUAUCAAGAGGGGUUAUGGGACGUUCACCAUUAAAAAAACAUUCGGAUUUACUGUCGAGACUGAAUGUAGCCUUCCAAACUCUAUUGCUCUUCUUGUUCGGUUAGCUUUAUCAAAAAAAAGCUAUUUGGAGACAACCUGUGAGUUGAAAUCAUAGGCAGUUCAAAAGCCUAAUUUGUAUCAAAAGAUGUGCUAUUUGUGUGUUUUGCAGAUUUGGAUCACACCGCAGAUGUACAACUCCACUCCUGGGGUGAUUCCCUGGAGGAGGCGUUUGAGCAGUCUGCCAUGGCGAUGUUUGGCUAUAUGACCGACACGGAGACAGUAGAGCCUAUUGAUACCGUGGAAGUAGAGUCUGAGGGGGAUGACCUAGAGUCGCUUCUGUUCCAUUUUUUAGAUGACUGGCUGUAUAAAUUUAGUGCCGAUCUUUUCUUCGUCCCAAGGGAAGUGAAGGUCCUACACAUAGACAAAAUGCGCUUCAGGAUGCGCUCCAUUGGGUGGGGUGAGGAGUUCAGGCUUCCCAAACAUCCACAGGGAACAGAGGUCAAGGCUAUUACAUAUUCAGCCAUGCAAAUACACGAAGACAAACCAGAGAUCUUUGUCAUCAUUGACAUCUGAGGACGGGGGAAUUAAGGAAUCAACAACCAAGAAACCACAAACGCACAUGUUCAUAGCCUACUCCGUAAAAAGCGCAGAAAGUACCACGGCAGAAGCAACAUAAGAUGUGUUGAGAGGUGCUGAGAUGUGUUGAGAUGUAUUUAGAGGUUUUGAGGUGUGCUGAGAGGAGAGUUUAAUCUGACUUGGCAAACAUGGUUCCAACAUGAUGUAAAUGUUUCAACAUUUCUUGCUUUGGAAUUCCUCUUGAUUGUCUAAAUAAGACUAAGACAGGACAACCAGGUGUAUGAUUGCAUUGGUUUUAAUUGAUUUGUACACUGAUCAAUAUUUAUUAAAAUCAUUUAUUUUAUAUGCAAAACUUUAAUUUUGAUCAAGAAAACACUUUCUUUACCACGUUCUCGAAUGACUUGGAUAUUUGUGUGAAAAAUGUCAAGACAUUUUUUUUUACUUGAAAUGAGAGCCAAUGUAUUAUUUUUGAAAGAAAAGGACUUCUAUGAAUAAAGUCAUAAGACUUUGGACUACAA